CAGACUAGUAAAGGCUCCCGCCAUAGACGGGUUCUGUCAACCUCCAGACCGGCAUUCUCUCAUCCCAGUUUUCCACAAAAACAGGCGCAUAAACCGAUUCACACUUUGGCUUUAUUAUUAUUAUUGAUCCACGCACAAUCUUCUACAAAAUCUUACGACGGGUACCACACAUUACUCCUUCUGAUUGCAUCCGAUUAAUCAUGAAACACAGAGGAAAAAGAUUUCUUGGCCUGGAGCCUAACCUAAGAUUGCCCAUCGUUUUCUUCUUAUGCUUCUGCUUCUUUCUUGCUGGGCUCUUUGGAUCCAUGAUCAUAUCUCAGGAUGUGAAUAGGGGUGGAUCUAGGCAUAGAUUGCUGGACGAGUUUGGAUAUGAAGACGGCGAUGCUAUGUCUUAUGGUGAAACUGGAGAGUCUUCAGUCCGUUCCAUCCCAUUUCAGGUUUUGAGUUGGAGGCCACGGGCUGUUUAUUUCCCAAAUUUUGCCUCAGCUGAACAGUGCCAAAGUGUAAUUGAAAUGGCUAAGAGUAAGCUUAAACCAUCAGCACUCGCUUUACGGAAGGGAGAGACUGCGGAAAGCACCAAGGGUACCAGAACAAGUUCAGGUGCAUUUAUCAGUGCAUCAGAAGACAGUUCUGGAGUUUUGGAGUUUGUUGAGAGGAAAAUUGCAAGAGCUACAAUGCUCCCAAGGAGCCAUGGAGAGGCUUUCAACGUUCUGCGGUAUGAGGUGGGACAAAGAUACAUUUCUCACUAUGACUCAUUCAACCCUGCCGAAUAUGGUCCACAGCAGAGCCAAAGGAUGGCUUCUUUCUUGUUGUACUUAUCUGAUGUGGAGGAAGGUGGAGAAACCAUGUUCCCGUAUGAGAACGGCUCAAACAUGAAUACAGGAUAUGAUUAUAGAAGCUGCAUAGGUUUGAAGGUGAGACCACGCCAAGGAGAUGGGCUUCUGUUCUAUUCAUUAUUUCCAAAUGGAACAAUCGAUAAGACCUCACUUCAUGGAAGCUGUCCAGUUGUGAAUGGGGAGAAAUGGGUGGCUACAAAAUGGAUCAGAGACCGGGAAUGGCCGUAGUUUCAGUGAUUCGUUUUGUUCGUGGCAAACGACGUCUUUCUUCGUUCUUGGAAUUAUUUUCAGACUAGUUCGAUCAUCAGCAUCAUGUUGUAUGGUACAGGGGAAGAAUAAUAUUAGAACUGAUGUGUUUCUUAAAAAGCAAUACCCCUUUGCGUGAAUAGAGGUAGACAUGAUGUUGGGGUAUUGUAAGAGUCGCGAGGACGUUCAUGUAAUGAUGCCAUAAACUGAAAUGCUGAUAUUAUUAAGUAAUUUCGCAUGUUUGGCCUCAAAACAUAUGAGCUGCAUUUCAACAGUUCCCUCAGCAGUCAGCUCUAUUUUGGAUCAUC